AUGCCGGCUCCACAAGACCCUACACGGAUGCUCAUCAGAGAACAGAUGGAAGAGCUUGUCCGCCGCAAACAAGCUGAAAUCACUAAAGGUCUUGAGACACUCGAUACUGUGAAGUUCAGACCAGACUCCUGGACCCGUGGCAACGACGGUGGUGGAGGAACCUCCAUGGUGCUGCAGAACGGAACCACGUUUGAAAAAGGCGGUGUCAACGUCUCUGUAGUUUACGGACAAUUGUCCCCGCAAGCGAUCUCUGCCAUGAAACACGACCACAAGAAUCUGGAACUGCCUGUGGACGCCCAAACAGGGCUUCCCAGUGCAGAUGGCGUCAAAUUUUUCGCCUGCGGUCUCAGCAUGGUUAUUCAUCCUUCAAACCCUCACGCACCAACCACACACUUAAACUACCGUUAUUUCGAAACUUGGAAUCCAGACGGGACCCCGCAGACGUGGUGGUUUGGUGGUGGAGCAGAUCUCACGCCGUCAUAUUUGUACGAGGAAGACGCGCGUCUAUUCCAUUCGGAGCAUAAGAAGGCCCUAGACAAGCAUGAUACCACGCUGUACCCACGCUACAAGAAAUGGUGUGACGAGUACUUUUACAUCAGACACCGUGACGAAACUCGUGGUAUUGGAGGUAUCUUCUUUGAUGACAUGGACGACCGCGAUCCACAGGAAAUUUUGGCUCUUGUUGAAGAUUGUUUUGAUGCAUUUCUCCCCGCAUAUUUACCGAUUGUGGAACGCAGGAAAGAUAUGCCUUUUACAGAGGAAGAGAAACAAUGGCAGUUGAUUCGUCGUGGCCGUUACGUGGAAUUUAACUUGGUGCUUGAUAGAGGUACUCAAUUUGGAUUAAGAACACCUGGAUCCCGUACCGAAUCUAUUUUAAUGAGUCUUCCAGUAACCGCUUGCUGGUUUUACGACCACCAUCCAGAGCCAGACUCUCGUGAAGACAAACUUUUGCAAGUACUCAAGACACCUGUUGAAUGGGUUUAA